AUGAAAUCUUUACCUUUUGCCGCUUCGGUUGGACUCGGAAUUUUAACUUUUCUGCUGCUUCUUGCGAUCAUGGGGAUUGUUUUCUUGAGACGAUAUUUGAAGACGUUAAAUGGUCCUAAAAUAGAACGACAAUUUGGGGCUUACAUAACGACAAAAGAGCCGCCAGAGUUUACUAUCCCGCCAUAUAAGUUGAUCUCUGAAGGAACUGGAAGCGAGGGUACAACAACACCGUGCAGCGAGGUCGGAGAAAUCGAAAACGACGAACCUACGGGAAAGGUUUCGCCGCUGGCAGUUAGACGAUCCUUAUCGAUGCCUAUUCCUUCGACCCCUCCGGGGCAGAGACAUGGGUUUGUUAUAGCCCGCAAUAAAGAAAGUGUCGAACCUGGGACGGUCGAAGAAGGUAUUGCUACGAAGGAGUAUCGACCUCAGUUUCGCCGCGCUGUGUCGCAGUACGUUAUGCUACCGAAGCGAGAGCCGCUGAAGAGAGCGUCCGUGGCACCAUACGGAAAACUGGAAGUUUCCAUACAGUUCAUGACGGAGAAAAAUCUUCUGUUUGUUCAGGUUUGCUUCCAUUAUUAUUUGAAACUUUUGUUCUCUUGUGCUGUAGCUAAAAGAGUUUGAUUUCCCUAUCUGUUGGCUGCCUGCAGACAUCUGCGGAUUCCUUUGCUAAAUGCAUAAGUGUGUCCAAAGUUAGUCACUUAAAAAAUUAUGUUCUUGGCUUAUUAAUGUGAUUCAUUUUUGUUGCCAUAAUUAUUGUUAUUAUUUUUAUGAUUUCAGUCACGAGUUUAUUUAUCAAUUAUUAUUAUUAUUAUUAUUCACUUCAUAAUUUAAACUGAAUGCAGAAUCAAUUUUACUUAUAUAUCUAGGCAUUUAAAUGGAGUAUCUAUGAUAUAUUGACUAAGACUUUGAACACAAGCGUAUUUCCUGUCGUCGCUUCACCCAUUCGAAAACACCCACCUUUUAAGUACUUUUCGGGUGGAGAGAAGCUGGGAGGACCUGAAAAUUGUCUGCGUUCGCAGGCCAGUAUUGAUUGUGUUACUAUUAUUUUUCCCUAUUUUUAAAAAUGCAAUAUAACUCUAGGACUGUCAUGCCAUUUCCUCAUCGUUUGCCGCUCUUUUAUAGGUCAACGGGGCGUUUGAUCUGCCGCAUGUACGUCUAUCAGGGGUCUCUACCCCGUAUGUUCGCGUUCACCUGUUGCCUGGAGAUCGCAAUAAGGAACCCAGGUCGAGUUUCCUGAAUCUUUCAACCAACCGCAUUUGCAUGUUCGAUCAGCUGACAUUGGAAGAAGCACGGAAGUAAGGCUAUGCUGACAUUAGACUCGAUAGCUUUUUCGCCGGCCUAAAAAUCAUACUUCAUAGGGCUUCUGUGCCACACUUUGGUGCAAUGUGAACACCUAUUCGGCCGUCGCGGAAGUAAAAAAGCAGGAACCAGAACCGGAAACCACUGAAACGGAAGUAAAUAUUCAGCUCUCGCGGCCUACCGCUCCGGCACGAUAUUCGAUGUGCGUGAACGACUUGUGUCGGUCUCGGGGGCUGCUGUUCAGACGAUACCGAAAAGCUUUUCCUGGCGGCACGAAAAGCCUUUCGUCAUCGUGUGACGUACCCUAAGAGGUACAUUAUCCUCCAAAUUAACAUUUUCGUCCCCUAGGAACCCCCUGGACCGGCUUAUUUUUAGAAACAUUUUAGGGCACUUUUUUCCCGCGAAAGUGGAAGCUCCUCUCUGACGGGAACAAAUUCGAAUUAUAAUAUGAUAUACGUCAAAAGGGACCGAAAUGUCAUUAGAAGUGCAAAAAUACCAUUUUAACUUUCGUAGGUUUUGCUGACAGGUUUCUGGGACUCAGGACGUAUUCUAAAUUUGCCAAAAAGUUUUUAGAGUAGCCUGUGUACAGCCGCCCGUCCCUUCAAUCGUCCCUCGCCGCGAUUUUCUUCAAGGGGGGUGCGGCUUUAUACAAGCAAUCUCAGAGCUGCGAUCCUUUUGUACAGUGCCACAGAUCGAGAGGUCUGGCUGGGACCAGGAUAAUUGGCAAGCGUAAUAGUUUACCCUUUUUGAAACUGUUGAAAACCAGUAUGAUUUUAAAUUUCUGAGACAGCGCAAAAAGCUGGAAGUCUAUGAUUUGCGGACUUCCGUCUCCAAAACUCUCGAUCCGUGGACAACCGUUCGUGGCGCUGGUCAAAAGGAUCACAGCUCUGGGAAAGAGAAUGGCAAAUUAAAGGGCCUUGGCUCGUAAUAUCAAGCGCAAGCAGGGGAAAUCGGACGAGGGCAAGUAAGAGAGAGGCUCCUUAUUCGUCCAAUUGUUUCCUAUUCUGUUCUCCACCCAAUACAAAUUAAGCUGUUUAACGGAUGUUUUCUUUUCUUUAUAGUUGCACUCUGAAGUUCGUUGUUCUUGACUACGACAAAUUUUCUCGAAGUGAAUUCGUCGCCGAGGUGACGCUGUCACUAUUGGAGAUUGACUUGGUUGAAGGAGCAAAGUUGUCACGCCACUUAAACUCCAAGACUAUUGAUGACGUAAGUACAGUAUACAGUUCGCCUGUCACGACGUCACGAUCAUUGCCCUUGCAAUGAGUUCUAUUACAACGUUUUUUAUAAUGUGCGGUUCGCUUUGGCUGGUGUGUAAUUUGAUAUAAUUACAUUUUGACCCAGCUCACCAUUGAGCCUCAACGGUAAAACAAGGGUCGUAAGUUCGAUUCUCGUGAUGUGGAGUUCGGAAUUCUUCCAAUUUUUCUGAUGCUUGAUUUCCAUUUCUGUGGAAAUGGCGCCGUUAUCGUUUCUGUUAUUGGCUAUUGCUACAACGUUGCGCAGAAAACUGGACCAAUAUUUGUUCCCCAAAAUAGUCCCAUAGUGCACCUCGACACAACAUCGAACCAUCGUCUCUAUUGUAGGCUUGAUUACCAACCGCUGUUCGGGAAAUGAGCCCGCGUUCCGUGGAAAUCGAGUCUAUCUCUAGUGCAACCUCUCCAACUCUUCCUGCGGAUUCAGUUCAUCUUAGCCUAAGAAAAACGCCGACAUUUCGCGACGCCAUCAUUGGUUUACCCGCAAAAUGACGUUUGAGGAACCUCUGCUGAAAUUCCAUACUGCAUGAUGACACGACACUACCCAAAUCUAAAUAGUGCUUCUGAUUGGUAGAAAGUUUGAUUCAUCCAGUCAGGAUCAUUGCCCAGAUCUGGAUAGUGACGCGUCAUCGGUGUGGAAUGUCUGCGGCUCGUUCCUCAGACGUCAUUCCUUUGGGAAACCAGAGUUUGCGUGGCGAAAUGUCGGCUACCGGCUAAGCUCAUAUCUAGUUUUCGCUCACAGAAAUAUAUUUCGUUCUGACAUGCAUGCGCUUAAAUUUGAGAAAUGCAUCGCCUAGCCUCUCCACAAGUUUCGCCAGCUUAAACUGUCUCCAAGAACAACGGAAGGACUAAAACAUUAGUGUUAAAAUGGCCUCUACGAAACGUCCAUUUUUACCCUUUUACUGUUCUUGGCUUAAUAUUUUCUACAAAAUUUAACAACAUAACAUAACAUAAUUUAUAUAGCGCUAACUCCACUAAUUGACCAAAGCGCUUUACAAUUCAUAAUAUUAAAGUAAUUAAAAAGAUCCCACUGGUAAUAAAAUAUGAAUAAAUUAAAAACCUAUUAGCAGUCUUAUUUAUAAAAAUAUCACAAUAAAUCCUAUUCUAAAUUAUCAAAAAGUUAAACAUUAUAUGCUUUUUUAAAAAGAUCAGUCUUUAAGUGUUUCUUGAAUAAAUUAAUUGUAGCUAAACUUCUAAGAUCUAAUGGCAGCUCAUUCCAGAGUUUAGGUGCAGCAACGGAAAAGGCCCUGUCUCCGUAUGUUUUAAGUCUUGACUUCGGAACUGCCAGAUGUUUUUGAUCAGUAGAGCGUAGCGUACGUGAACAUGUACGAUAACUAAGUAAUUCCGUGAUAUAUAAUGGUGCCAUACCAUUAUAUUAUAUUAAUUUCCCACUCUCUUUUUUUCUUUCAGUCGGAAAACCGAGGCUCCUUGAUGGUUUCUUUGUGCCAACAGCCGUCCACUGGCCACUUGCACGUCAUCAUUCUAAAAGCGACAGGACUUCCCCCUCUAAAGGCAGAGGCGCCUGGCGGACUUGGUAACAUAACUUUCUAUUCGGCCAAACCCCUUUCGCAACUUCUUACGUCCCCUGUAAAAAGUACUUGGUCUAUAUUAUUCGCUACUGCUAACUGCCCCAGCCAGUUGAUAUCCUGUCCCCUUCCCAGACCCAUGAGAGAAACCUUCAGGACAAUAAGACUAUUUAAAAAUGUAUUUUUUGCCUAGUAACAUAAUUCAGGAUUAGCCUGUUCCAACUCUAAGAUAGUGCGGAAAGCGCAUCGACAAAAGUUGUGCGAAAACCGCUGGGGAGCUGGGGAGAGAUGUUCACUUUUCCCGCCGUUUUUCGCUCGUUUGAUUUUCCAUUGCUCGCCCGCCUUUUUUGUUCGUCUCCAUUGACAGAGAGCCUAGCACAGGCUAAUUCAGAAUAUAAAUUACAUCUACCACGACUUAAGACCUGGUUUCCAAAGUUGAAAAUGGCAUCGCUUGUUUACGAAAGGGAGGUAAGAGAAGUCGCGUUUGAGGGGUUUCAACUUUAAUGCUUUGACUGGAAAAGAUAUAUUUGAGAUUUUGAAGAGCUUGUCGCUUAUGAGAGGUAAUCGAACAUGUAAGUUUGACUGUGUUUCAGCUGCAUGCACGAUUUGCAGUAAACAACGAAUGCGUGCCAUUAUUAAUCAAGUCCCCGAUGAGUGAUCUCGCCUCUCGGGGACAGCCCAACGUUAAUGACAUUUCGCCGAGGAAAUUGCAGCCGAAAUAUGUCCCGCUAGUGUUUCUGGGAUCGCUACUGGGGACACGACGGUCAGCUAUUGGUCAACUUUUUCCCCCUGUCCUUAGUAACAUUUCCAGAAGUCUUUGCGAAAGGUAACUCGACCCGGUUUCUUUAUCAUUUUUGAAGAGGUAUUUUACUGAUGCUCAAAAAGGCAAGUUUUGUUUCCGCAUUUUGAUGCGUUAUGGCACGCUCAUUGCAGGCACCCUUGUAUUUUGUUUUUUUCAGAUACUUUUGUUAGAGUACUCUACUAUGUCCAACGGAAAGUCGUUGAACGCAAAAAGACCAAAGUUGUUAAAAAAUCCACUUCACCAGUCUUCAAUGAAGCCUUUGUCUUUGAUAUGAAGGAUGAAGAACUAAAACACUCAAGCAUAAUGUGUGAAGUCUACCGAGGUGAUACAGUAAAGAAAACAAACAGAAUUGGCUACAUUACUCUGGGCCUUGAAUCAUUUGGCUCGGAGCUUAGGCACUGGAAUGAUAUGAUUAUGACCCCUCUUAAAAGGGCUACUGAAACCCAUUUGCUUCAUGCUUAA